ACUUACAGUUAAUUGAAGUAGUUUUUUUUUGUUCUAAGUUCAAUGUGCAUUAAUACUUGAACUUUCAUUGAAGCGUCACUAUGGGGCUUAUCAUUGGAAUGUUUAAGCUUAUAUUACGAAUAAUAUUAGUGUUAUCGGCUAUAGCAGCCUUUAUCCUUCUCAUUCCUAAUCUACCGCCUUAUACAAAGUUUACAAGCAUAAAGGUAGAACCGACACUAGAGAGGAGUGGAAGUUUAGCGUAUAACAACAUUUUAAAUCAAGCAGCACAAUUAUACAAGGAUAAGUUAUUAGGACCAGAAUGUUUCCAAGUAUGGAACGACGAGCUUUACACAAGUCUCGCGACCGGCGAAAUAGUCAAGCUAUCACGUGGACGCCACGUAACAUUUGUUACCAAAAUCGGACAUCCUUGCACUGGACUCACCCAAGAGCACAUUUGCGGACGACCACUCGGUUUUGUGAUUGACGAAAACAAAAAAAAUUUGAUUGUUGCCGAUUCAUAUUAUGGUAUAUGGAAGGUCAAUUUGGAAUCUGAUAAGAAACAACUUUUGGUAUCACCGCAUGUGGCCAUCGACGGAACAGUUCCAAUGUUAUUUAACUCAGUUGCGUUGGCCAGCAACGGAGAUAUAUACUGGACUCACUCAAGUUCAGAUUUUCAUUUAAAGGAUGGAAUGUUUGCGAUAUUUUCCGAUCCGUCUGGAAGGUUACUUCAUUACAAUCCUACUAAAAACGAGAGCAAAGUUCUGCUAGACGAUUUAUGGUUUGCCAAUGGACUUGCUAUAUCGCCGGAUAACCAAUUCGUUGUUGUAGCAGAAACAAGUAGAUACAAACUAACUAAAUACUACAUUAGCGGACCAAAGAAGGGGAAAUCUGAAGCCUUUAUUGCUGGUUUACCAGGUAUACCGGACACAGUACGUCCAUUGCCCGAUGGUUCAGGGAUACUCGUCUCUUUAUACAACGUGUUCGAUGAUGAAAAUCCCUUGAUCAUUAAAUCUUUGGCCGAGACCCCGCUUGCGAGGAAAUUUAUAGCUCGACUGCUCCGUCUAAUAGAAAUACCUUUCGAAUUCCUCCAAAAUCAUUUCGACAACCACGUCUUUGAGAGCAUUGUAUAUUACAUCGGCCAUUUUAGUAGCGCAUCAGCGUUUAGUACCGGCCUAUCAGGUCUAGUUCAGAUUGAUUGGAAUGGUAACAUCGUUGCCUCGUAUUACAACACGGAUGGCAGUGUGAAACACAUUAGUGAUGCUAUUGUUUUUAACGAUCAAUUAUUAACUGGAAGUCCACAUAAUCAAAAUUUCGUCGCCGCCGUGCCAGCUCCCCCGUUGCUGAAGAAAGCUUUCGCUAAACCUGUCAAAGAAACGGCUAAAAUAAAAACUGAACAAAAUAAUAAACCUAAAGUCAAGGAACCAGAACGAGCUCCCAAAACUACACCAAAACCAGUGGAACAAACUAAAGCUCAGGUCAAUGAGCCUAAGGUUCCUACAACUACACCCAGACCAGCUGAAAAAGAAAAACCUAAGGUCAAUGAACCCAAACAAGAGACUAGAGCUGCACCGAAACCAGCAGAGAAACCAGUGGAAAAAGUUAAACCCAAGGUUGUUGAACCCAAAGAAGCUCCUAAAACGGCACCAAAACCAGCAGAAAAACCGCAACCAGCACAAGCAACUAGACCAGUUGAAACUAAACAAGCGUCACAAACUAAACCGACUCCAGCGAAAACACAACAAGUCAAACAAGAUAAAGUGCCUGAACCCAAAGCAGAAGCAAAAGUCCCCAAGCAGGAAAAAGACUCAAAAGCGGAUGUCAAACCAAAAGUGUCUAAAGACGUAAAGGUAGAAACACCAAAACCAAAGGUAGAACCGAAAGUGGCCGAACCGAAACCGAAAGUUCAACCCAAAGAGGAAGCAGUUAAACCGAAACCGACAGAGAAACCUAAAGUUAAACAACAGGAACCGGAAGUCAAACCGAAAACAGCGCCGAAAGUUGAAACGAAACCAGUCGUGAAGGACGAAAAAAAAGAUGGACCGAAAGCAGCUAAAGUAAAUGACAAGGAAACGAAAUCCCCCAAAAAGACUGAAGAAUCCAAAACCAAACCUUCAGAAGCCAAACAAGCUAAACCGAAACAAAGAGAAGUGCCACAAGGCAUUAAACCGAUCGAAGAAGAAAUACUAUCAGACACGGUAAAGCCGAGCAAAGAGAAACUUAAAGUUAUAAAGAAAACGGGACCACAGGAAAUACCAAACCCGAAUUUGUAGAAAUAUGUAACAAACACACACACACACAUAUAUAUUAAUGAAGAAACAAAGUAGGUUAUAUUGGGUUAUCAACUCGGUUAGUGGUUGUUAUUUUUCAUCGUCAAAUUUAAGUCUUUGAUAAUUAUCAUUCCUUAACAUAUCUACGCAUUCCAUGAGGGACUAAUUUUGUCAUUUCCUUCCUUAUAAAAAUUUUAAAUAUGUAAGCUUAUUUAUUUUUCGUAUAUAUAAAGAUCUCUCUCACAUUCAAGUAACUUUGUUACCAACACGUGCAAUUCAACAACGUAAAAUCUCACAUAGGAUAUAAAUAUUUUUGUAAAAGUUUUUUUUUUUUUUUUCAAAAUAACACAAAAAGUAUAUUUUUACACUUUAAAAUGGUAAUUUUAUUUUAUUAUAUAAGACGUGAGUCUUUAAACUAGCAAUAAUGUAAAAGUUAAUAAAAAUUUUAUAUUUAUUUA